AUGAUGCCCACCUCCCUCAACAACGCCAAACACGAAGAAGCGGUCGACGCCUCCUGGGCCGCGACACGGGGUGCGGUCUCUGGCGCGCUGAAGUGGGGGGUUGCGACGGCGGUGCUGGGCGGGUUGGGGUAUGCUUUCUCGCCGGUGUACAGGGGUUUGACUAUUCAGUUCAAGGUGUACAUCCAAAUGUCGGGCAUGGUCCUAGGCAGCAUGCUCGAAGCGGAUGCUAGGCUGAGGGAGUAUGAAGCCCAAAUGAGGCUGCGGAGGAGGCUGAUGAAGGAGCAGGCCAUGUGGGCUAGUUUUGAGGAGAGGUAUGGGAAGGAGGAGGAGGAUGAUUGA